AGUAGCUCCGCCCAUCACAGGAAGUGUCCGGGUUGUUAGCGGUUGCUGUUAGCUGAUGGGGGGGRAAAAAAGCCAAGCUGCGACGUGACUAAACCCGAGUUUCCCGUGUGGGAAAUACAACCUUGCCUUUGUUGGAGACCUUCCACGACUGUGAGAAAGGUGUAAAUAAAUCUGAGGUAGCCAUAGWGACGCUAUGUGUGAGCUGUGAGGGAGAAGCUGUGUCAUACAGGGCUUUGUUGUUGUGGGCUUAGAGUCGAGCUGCUAUCUGAAGAAGUUGGGCUCUGCAUCUCUUAACGCUGAGCUUUGAAGAAUCCAGCAUGCCUAACGAGUCAGACCGCUUACAGCGCGAAGGAGACAAGGAGUUAAAGGAUGUAACUGAGGAGACUGCGGAGCAGCAGGUCAGGGCCAGCACGCCGAGCCCCCACAGAGAGAACACGCUACAAGCCAGCCCACCCAGGUUGGUUUCUGUUGAGGAGCUGAUGGAGACAGCUAAGGGGGUAACAAACAUGGCAUUAGCUCAUGAAAUCAUGGUCAACAAGGACUUUCAAGUCAAGCCCACARAGCUUCCUGAAGGAAGUUUGGAGCACAGAGUGAAGGAGAUUAUGCACAAAGUAUUUUGGGAUCGUUUGGAAGCUCAGCUGAACGAGGAUCCGCCGUCAUACGAACAUGCCAUCAAACUCCUGGGCGAGAUUAAAGAGACGCUCCUGUCCUUUUUGCUGCCGGGCCAUGGGCGCCUGUGCUCCCGCAUCGAAGAGGUUCUGGAUCUGCCACUAAUCCAGCAGCAGGCUGAAAAUGGAGCUCUCAAUAUCAGCCAGCUGUCCCAGUUUGUCGUUGAGAUGAUGGGUUCUCUGUGCGCCCCCUGCAGAGAUGAGGAUGUCAAGAAACUGAGGCAGAUCACUGAGAUUGUUCCUCUGCUGAAGGCUAUUUUCUCUGUGCUGGACCUGAUGAAGGUGGACAUGGCUAACUUUGCACUGAAGAGCAUCAAGCCACAUCUCAUGCAGCUGUCUGUAGAGUAUGAGAGGAACAAGUUUCAGGAGUUUCUGGAGAAACAACCAAAUGCAUUAGACUACACAAAGAAGUGGCUUGAGGAGACGGUGAAAUCCCUGAGAGAAACAGAGAGUUGUGCCUCUGCCUCCAGUGACCCCCCACUUCACCCACUAAAUGUCCAUAAUCAUGCAUACAUUCGCCUGCUCAGGUGGGACCAUGCGUCAGACCCUUUCCCAGAGACAGUACUGAUGGACCAAGUUCGGUUCUUAGAGAUGCAGCAGGAGGCCGAGUGGUUAGUUCUACUCUCCUCUGUGCUUCUGAUUGUCUACACUACCACAGGAGAAGCCAUCUCAGGCCUGCCAGGACUGAUGGAGACUCUUAAAAACACUGUCAGUGCCAUGCUCACAGAAAUGCACAUGCCGUCAUUUAGUAUGCAGGAGGCCCUAGCAACCAUAGGGGAGAAGCUGUGUGUUGAGCUGAGUCACUGUUUAAGCCAGCAUGGCUUCUCCUCAUUCUCAGCUGAGAGCAAGAGCGCUCUUAAAGGGCAGAUCUCAGCCGUCAUCCAGCCAGACAACACAGUCCGUAAGCUGAUGGACUCUCGGAUUCAGAGCUAUCUACUGGCUGCCCUGGAGUCCAGUCAACACAAGACGCCGCCUCCUCUCCCCGGAGGCCUGGCGCCGGUCAGCAGAGAACUAAAAGAGCUCUCGAUCCGCUUCGGCCGACUGGUCAACUACAACAAGCUGGUCUUCUCUCCGUUCUACCAGAAGAUCCUGCAGAAUAUGUUGACGCCGGGGGAGAGCUCCAGCACAGAGACAUAAACCCCCACAGAUAUGGAGGAACAUCAGAGUGAAGAGUGGUCUGUGGUUUCUUUUUCCCCUCAUUAGCAACGGUUUGGAUGUAGAGAAAAGAGUUUAGGAGGCUGAUCUUUAAGCUGGGAGGCAAGCGAGCCCUGCUGAGCGAGCACCUUCAACUGACUUGAUUAAAACAACAGUCAUUUCACUCACAUGUACUAACGCAGUGUUGUUUCUUCAUUGAAAUAUCAGACCUCAUAAGUGUCACAUUUGCAGUACCUAUGUUUGCAUUAAUUUAUUAAGCGUAGCUGCUAGGGAUGGAUAACUUAACUCCGUAUUGCAGUUGCCAUCACCGGGAACAGUAUGACAUAUACAUCUGUGCAAAAUUAUUCACCUCUCUUGAAUUGUUACGCGUUUAGUCUCUUUGUAACCACACACUUGAAAACGGUGCAUUGGAAUUUUAUUUGAUAGACAAACACAAAUUAGUGCGUAUUUGGGAAGUGCAAGUUAAAGGAUAUGUGGUAUUACCAUUUUAAGCAAAUACUUGAAAAGUGUGGAAUGCAUUAAGACCAUUUGUUCGAAUGCUUUCUAAAUAUUCCGUCUACUGGGGUAUGUUUGUUGCAGGUAGCACAUGUAGAGAAUAAAGGUUUUCUGCUAAUUCUUAGCAAAAUAGUUAAAAAUCAGACAAACUGGUGUUGAAAACGGAUGUCGGCAUCAAUUUUCAAUUAGUGCAGUGUCUAACGAGUUUUCUUCCAAUAUUGCCCUGUAUGUAUUUUCAUCCAUCAGCUGUCUUUGUGGAAUAACUACAUCAGCCUAGCAUGAUGCUUCCACCGCCAUGUUUUACAGCAUUUUGCGUGUAAUAUUUAGCUUACACGCAAAUAUGAAAUGGAAGAUUUUAUUGCUUUUUUUUAACUACGGCUUUCUUCUUUCCACACUUCCAUAAAGGCCAGGUUUGUUGUUUGAGAACAUUGUAUGCUGUAUUUGUAUUUAAAUGUUAAAUUAUCAAUAUCUGAGUUACGUACUUCUUUGUACUUUUUUGGAGCUCUCUAAGACACGUUAGUCAACCUUUACAGAUAAAUAAAUGUAAAAGGAAUAGCAGAGACACAAUGGUCCAAUAAAUAAACUGUAAGCCAGAUGAUCUUAAAAAUUAUAUUUAAGAACAUAAAAAUUCCACAUAUAGUCUAGCCUAAAGUUUUCGUGUCUGGAGGCUGGAAGGCUUCCAUCAAGAUCUCCAAGUACAGAAACUAUAAUCUCAAAAUAUAAAGGGUGGGAGUGAGUCUAUUGCGUCCUCAACUUAUUCAGAGAACAAGUUUUAACGUUUUUAAUUGACAACAAAGCAAAGGAUGGAUAUGGAUUCAGUCCAAUUCAUUGAAGGGAACUAUGGAAUUAAGGGCCAAUUGUGGUUUUCAGUGUUACUGAGUUUUAGUUCCAGUUUAAUUGUAUUCACUCAUUGUUAACUUAUUGUUGAUAUUUUCAGAUGUUCAGCAUAUUUUCCUGACAGUCUGACAGUUAUUUAUGUUUAUGUUUGAAUUUAAAAUGUAUUCGUAUCAAUUUAUCACAUUUUUCUGCUUGCUACUGUUCUCAUAUAUCACAUACUGAUUAUUUUGGCUUAAUUGUUAUUUGUCUUAAGGUGGAAAUUGGAUGUUCCAAUAAAGAGUUGUUUGCCUUCACAUUA